UUCAACAGAUGUCCUCCGUGUAGGGACAUAACAAUCAAUCGCUGAGACGCGACACAAGACGUAUUGACAACUAUUUCUCUUUGUAUAGAAGAUCUUCUAUCAGCUUCAGUGUACGGUACACAGAGGUUAGUUCUCAAUGAUGUAAAUACAGUCUACUUUGACUAUACUGCUUUAAAGAUGAAAAGGCUGACGCUGGGGGUAGUCCUGGCCUGUAUCGUCUGCCUGGCCUGUGUCCUCAACUUCGUCCACAUCACCAUACUCGUCCGACCACGGUGGGGUGACUCCCCCUUCGUCCUUAGCUCGUCUUUCUAUCAGAGCAAUGAGCAAGGACAGAUCCUCCUGGAAAACAGGAGAUGGUUACCAAACAAGACAACUUCCGGUGUUAUUUAUAACUUCCCGUCGUCUAAAAAUAGAACGAGUUCAUUGACUGUUGAAGAAAUUGAGCUAACUCGAUUAAGACAAGUGAAUCCAUCGUCUAAAAAUAGCACGAGUUCAUUGACUAUUCAUGAAAUUGAGCUAACACGAUUACGACAAGUAAAUUUGCAUCAAUAUUUAAUCGCACCCGAUCGCUCACUGCCAUUAAAUUUUAGUUCAGAGGCGGUUUCGAGUGGAGGUAAAAAUGUUUUCACGGUGCAGAACCAAGUUCAGUACCAUCCGUUCCCGUUCAAAGAAAGGGCCGACAACCCAUUCUACAAGUCCAGGUUCGAGUCUUAUCUCCCCUUUGUGAAAAAUUCAUUCUUUGAAGGGAAGGAGACAGAUGACUCCAGGGACAUUAAGAAGAAAAAAAUUAUACUUUGGUGGGAGCAAAAAUCUGGAGUGUUGCCGAAUAAUGAGCUGACACCAUUAAGGGUGUGUCCAGAUUUUCCAUGCUUGAUGACAUCAGACAGACGGUUUACUGGCAACAGCAGUGUCAUUAUAGUGAACUCACGCUAUGUACUGAAAGAGAACCCACCGGAACUCAAACCUCACCAGGUUUUGGUCCACUACCAGACCGACCCACCCGUUCCAUCCGAGUUCUGGAUCCACGGCAACCUCUUCACCAACACCAGCCGCUGGCAGCACGUCUUCAACUGGACCAUGUCCUACAGGCACGACUCCGACGUGCCGGUACCGUACGGGCGGGUGCUGAAACUCCAGGAACCACGGGUCCGGAACUACAGCGAGAUCCUGGCGUCAAAGACUGGCCUGGUGGCGGCGAUUAUCACCCGGUGCAGCACGGGUUCGAAACUUGAAGAGUACGUCCGUGAGCUACGGGACAACAUCCCUGUGGAUGUAUACGGAUCGUGUGGUUUGUUUCAUUGCCCUAGAAAUAACCACAGUAACUGUCUUGACUUCAUCAGCAAAAAGUACAAAUUCUACCUCAGUUUUGAAGAUCAUCUAUGCAAAGAUUAUAUAACUGAAAAAUUCUUUCGGUAUUUUGACAAGGAUUUGAUACUUAUCGCCAGGGCUGGGGCGUCUUUUACUGGCGUCGCCCCACCUGGGGUGUUUAUCAACACGGCAGGGUUUAAAUCCCCCGCGGAUUUAGCGGAGAGGAUUUCAUACCUUGACGCUCACGACGACGAGUACGUGAAAAUGUUGGAGGAAAAGGACAGGUACGCAGCCGUGUUUGAGGACUACCCCCUCCAGGGGUUCAGGCCGACCUUCCUGGAGUUCCGGUACGAGGCGGUGCCGGUCUGCGAGCUGUGCCGGCGGGCGUGGAAUUUGGACAAGUACGCCAAGGUGGUGCCGGAUAUACGGGCGUGGUUCGGUAACCAUGACUACCAGUGUCGUUCCCCAGAGGAUUUAGAUGAGAGGUAUUUUUAAA